CCUAAAGAAAAUCUUUACCGACUUAUUCAAACAGCACAAAUAUUUAAUCUAGUUACACUUCCGUACAUUAUUCAUAUCACAAAGAAUUCAAAGUGAAAGAAUCGUAUACUGCCAUUAUGACAAACAAUAUGUAAAUACCUAGUUUACUCUCGCUAGAAUUGCAAAAGAAACGGUGACAGGUGACACAGUGCGCUAAUGACAUAUGGACCCAUUUCUCCAAAAGGUGUUAAAAAUCAUAAUUUGUCGUGACAUGCGAUGGUUUCAAGAACGCAACUGUCUCCGUUAGUUGUCCUUCGGUCGUCUCUUAGCCUUGACUCUGACUAAAAUGGUUAAAUACGAGGUUUUGUUCGGAAUAUUCAUUAUAAACACAGUGAUUAAUAUUAGCUUAGUGUCUUCAAUUUUCACCACUAAGAAUGUCGAUUGUGGUAGUUACGGAUUUAUUUGCGAUGGAGCGUCAAGAUUAAGGCUUUGCGAGGGUGACAAAAUUCUCGGUCCAGCAUUCAUUUGCCCGGCCAACACCAUCUGCAAUGAAGAGUCGAGUGACGUUUGUGAAAACGCUAUAAACUACAUUGAUCCGUCCCUCACCAGGGAUCUACGUUGCUAUCGCAGUGAAAGAAUAGCCGACACGAGCGUACCCGAUUGCAAGGGAUAUAUUCUGUGCAUUCCUAACAAGAAUCGCUUUCAAGGUAUCAAGUUUAAGUGCUCUGGAAACACGAUUUUCAACGGAUAUACACGAACAUGUACCGUGCCUGAAAAGUACAAGUGCCCCUUAGGCAAUUCGACUAAGACAAAAGUACAAUAUUUCGGUCAAGCUAAUAGAAGGGCUGAUACCAACCGUGGUUCUCAUAAUCCUAGUUCGAAUGGUCAAGGACAAAGACCCAUUGAUUGUAAGAGCUACAGAUUCACAGUCACGCAAGACGACAGCCCUACGCGGGCGACAUACUUCUGUCCUUCGAGACCCGUUAGAGGAGAGUCCACAGUCCGAUGCACGGUAUUCUCAAACAAUUUCUGCAUAACUUUGGAAAGAGAUGACCAGGAUCAAUUUAUUCAGAACUCAGGCGCGGCGUAUCGGAAACCUCGAUAGAUUGCGUUUUUCGCAACUAAG